GCCAAUUCACACAUACAUUUUUCUUUAUAAAGAAUAGUCUGUGUGUUAAUAAUUCUCAUCUCCUGUCCGGACAUAGACACAAAAGAUGGAAGCUGUAAGAAGAAGAGGCAGAGAGAGCAACAAAAGUCCAGAGAGGCUAAUAAGGUCUUUGAAUCUUCAGCAAGAUGAUGAAGAAGAAGAGGCCAAGACAAAGAGAACAAUCUUCAGAAGAGUCCAAGUCGUUUAUUAUCUCACCAGAAAUGGCCACCUCGAACACCCUCACUUCAUUGAAGUCAUUACUCCGGUUAACCAGCAUCUCCGGUUAAGAGAUGUGAUGAACCGGCUUACUGUUUUGAGAGGGAAGAACAUGCCAUCACUAUACGCUUGGUCAUGCAAAAGGAGCUAUAGAAAUGGAUUCGUGUGGAAUGAUUUAGCUGAAAACGAUUUGAUUUACCCGUCGAACUGUGGUGAAUAUGUGUUGAAAGGAUCUGAAAUCGCCGAGAAUGUUGAAGAGACACAUGUGAAGAGAACACUGUCUGGUCUAAAUCAAGAAGCUCCAAAAAGUCGACUUCUCAGGUUAAAACCAAAACUUCAAAACAGAACAACGUCGUUUGACGAGUCAGAGCUCUACCUCGGACUCGGAGAAGAGGAAGAAGAAGAAGACGGAGAGUACGGGCUUUCCGAAGAGAAAACCAGCUACACAUCCUCCACGACGCCGCAGUCUCGCUGCUCUCGCGGAAUCUCCACGGAGACAAUCGAAUUCACCGAGAAAAAACCUAACUUGGUCAAGACGGAACAGAGCCUGCCCGUCCGGUCUGACUCGUCCGAGUUGACUCGUUCCGCCGAGCGGGUCGAGGACGGUGACCCGGUGGAUACCGGGUCAGUUCGCGGGUCUAUUUGGCUCCAGAUGAUCUCGUGCGGGCACAUAGCCAAGCACUAAUCUACAAGGUCGCCGUCAAAGGAGACCGACAA